AUGGACGAAUCAAAUCAAGAAGAGGAUAAAAAUAGUAAAGAAAAAAAAGUUAGAUUUAAUGAUGACAUUCAAACUAAAGUGAUAGAGGAGAAUAAUAAUAAUAAUAAUAAUAAUAAUAAUAAUAAUAAUAAUAAUAAUAAUAAUAAUAAUAAUAAUAAUAAUAAUAAUAAUAAUAAUAAUAAUAAUAAUAAUAAUAAUAAUAAUAAUAAUAAUAAUAAUAAUAAUAAUAAUAAUAAUAAUAAUAAUAAUAAUAAUAAUUUUGAAAAUGAAAUAUUAAAACAAAUUGAAAUUGGAAAUGAAAAACAAAGAAAAAGGGAUGAAGAAUUUAAAAAAAAGAAUAAAAUUCAAGAUUUAUCAAAAGAACAUAAAUAUAUAGAAGAGGUUGUUAAUGAUCAAAUCGAUUCAGUUCAAGGUGAAGAAUAUAUAGAUAGUGAUGAAGAUGAAAAUCAAAAGAAACAUGUUGAAAAAAUUUAUAAAAGAGUUAGAGGUAAAAGAUCAUUCCUUAAAAACGAUGAUGAAUAUAGUGAUGAUGAUGACGAUGAUAAAAUGAAUGAUAAAAUAAGAAAAGAAGGAGAUAAUAAUAACAAUAAUAAUAAUAAUAGUAAUGAUAAUGAAGGAGAAGAAGAAGAAGAAGAAGAUAUUGAAUAUGAUUCAUUUAAUUUAAAAGGUGAAAGUGAAGAAGGUUAUUUUGAUGCAAGUGGUAAUUUUAUAUUUAAAAAGGAUCGAAAAGAAGAUGAUGCUUGGUUACAAGAGUAUGAUCAAGUUUGGUCAUCAAAGGUACCAAAAUUAACAAAACGUGAAUUAAAGAAACAAAAUGACCAACAAACUGAAGAGGAAGAAGAUCUUUGGGAACUUGAACACCAAAAAGAAUUAAAAAAAAGAAGAUUAGGUUUAUUAGAUGAUGAAAAAUCAUUACGUUUAGAACGUUUAAAUAAAAUUUAUAAUAUUUUACAAUCUGAUAAAGAAUCAGUUCUAUCAGCAUUAAGAAGAUUAUCAGGUAAUCCAACUGGUACAAAUAAAAGACCUGAAAUUAAAAGAAAAAAUCCACCAAAAAAUAAAAGAUCAAAUGUUGAUACCACCACUACCACCACUACUACAACCACUACAACUACCCCAACCAAAACUCAAUCAGAAUCUGAUAAAAUUUUAUUUAAUCAAUUAACUGAAUUAGCAGAUUCAUUAUUAUCAAAUGGUUUUGUUAAUAUUUAUUCAGAAACUAAAUAUUCAAUAAAUGAAACAUUUAAAAAAGAAAAUUAUCAACCAUUACUAUAA